UAUUCUUCACUAACAUAAAUUUCCAAGAUUUUGGAUAUGAAGUUAAGUUGAAGUGUGGUAUAAAAUAUGAUGUCAAAUAUUUAGUUUUGUGUUAAUCCUCCCAGUGUAGGUCUUGAAAAUAUCAUAAAUUUACAACGCACACAUCAGUUUGAAACUGUGUUGCAUUUUCAUUUAUAGUUGGUUAUUUAUGAAUGACAUUCAAGCACAUACCUAAACUUAUAAUGGGAUAUGUCAAGUGUCACAAGCCUUACAAGCCUAAAUGCUCUGCUUCGGAAUAACAUUCAAAUCAAUUAAUUCCAACUCGGAGUGAUUGGGGCACAUGUGUGUCUAAGCAGCGCUCCAGAUGUGGGUUAGAACCAUUCUCGCCUGUUUGUGCGCCUGAGGUGCGCGUGCCGAGGCGCGCGCUGAUGGAGUCACUCACUAAAGCCUCGCGCGCUGUGGACUGUGAGAGAAAUGCUAAGCUAAUCGUUUGGAAGCUGCACUUACCACACUGCACCGAACCGCCUGUCGUCAUGUUGCUCUUUUUGUUAUUUUUCUUUUUCAGUAGAGAAAUAUAAAAUUUCGAAGAAACCAUUUCCACCAAGGAAACGGUAAAGAAGACAUUACCUUUCAGUGUGUCUCAUAUUGUAAAAUUCCCGAGGAGAAGAAGUAGGAGCUCAAUUCUGAGGAAGACCAGGGUGUUGAUGGAGAGGAUUUCGAAUGACAGCCGGAACAGUGGUCAUCACAGGUGGACUCAUAGCUGCAGUCAUCUUAUUGACUAUUGUUACAGUGCUGUGUUACUGUAGGCUGCAGUAUUACUGUUGUAAGAGUGAUGGGUCAGAGGAGGAGGAGGAGGAAGAGGAAGAGGAGCCUGACUUCACCAAAUCCUUACCUGGCCCAGCACAUCAGUCAAACCCUCCAAACCCUCCCUGUUCUCUACGACCACCGAGUCCUCUGAGUCCUCCAAGUUUUCUGACUUCACCAAGCCCACUGAGUAUAUCUCUUCCAGAACAUUCAUCCUGUAAGCAGCUUCUCACUACCGCAGAGCCUCACAAGUACAACGGGCUGGCCCCCUGCACACACUAUAGCCCUGAUCUUUCCCCUGUUCCUGUGCGCUCCUACAUGUUCUGCCCCUCGUGCUCUGGCAUACUGCCCUUCUACCUGCCCCGAGACCAGGGACUAAGGAAUGGAGGAGGAAGGAUCAGCUACAGGGCCUUAGAGCAGCAAGAGUUAGACCUGCCUAUGGACAUGUCCAGCUUUAACAAGCUUAACCUCAUACGUUCUAUCACCAUGAGGGAAGUGUUGACACAUCAGAGCAUCAGUACUGAUGUGUAAUUUCUUAUGAAGAUCUGUGUAAAGACUUUUCACAGUGUUUUUGAUCUGGAAAGGGUAUUAAGAUUUACAUGGACUAUCUGAAUUUAAAGGGUGUAGGAUAAUAGGAUAACCAUAGAAAUCAUGACACUUUUAAAAGACUUUUUGUUUAAGGAUAUUAACAAAGAUGAAAUUGAUGAACGAGAUAUGCUAUGGAUAUGAGUACAUGCAUUUAUGUGUAAAACAAAUGUGUGAAGUUGUCAUAUGUUCUUAUCACAAGACUAAUUAGUAAAAUAAUGUAAGUAGUUAUAUGUUUUUUAAUCAUCAAUUUAUCAAUUGUUUUAACUGCUAUUAGUG